AUGCAAAUUACUGUGGAAUUCAGUGGAGGGCUCGAAACCGCCUUCGACGGCAACAAAAAGCACGUGCUGGACGUGCCGGAGGGCUCCUCAGUCAAUUGGCUGUUGCACCAUAUGGUGGAGACUCUGAUGCCGGAUCACAAGCGAGAAGAGGGCAAAAACAUCUUCUUGCAGGACGAAAGUGUGCGUCCCGGGGUGUUGGUGCUCAUCAACGAUUCGGACUGGGAGCUGGAGGGCGAAGACCAGUACAUUUUGCAGCCCCGAGAUGUCAUCAUCUUUGCCUCAACUCUUCAUGGAGGUUAG